AUGUUCGUGGCAGUGAAAAACUAUGACGGUGACACAGCGCUGAUAGUCGCAGCAGCGUUGGGAUGGUCUCAAGUCAUGCAGCUGCUCCUGGAUGCCGGUGCACAGACGGAUCUGCGCGAUUGGCGCGGGCGGACUGCGCUGAUUUGUGCAGCAGACGAAGGUCAUGUGUCAGCUGCGCGGUUGCUGCUGCAGGCCGGGGCCGACGUGGAUGCGUGUGACUAUGUGGCCGAGAGAGGAUGGGAGUGUGGACGCAGUGGCGGUGGUCACUUAGCCGAGGUCGAAAGGCUGCUGCGGCUCCCGAUGGAUCCGGAUACGCGUGGAUCGCUGGCACAUGCCGCAAGUAAGGGUCAUGCGGAUGUCGUGCAGUUGCUCCUAGACUUCGGCGCUGACAAGGAUUUGGGUGACCCAUUGUUUGAAGCAGCAAAGGGCGGUCACGCUCCAGUCGUGCGCUUGCUUUUGGAAGCUGGUGCGAAGAAAGAUGUGCCUCACAGCCGCGGCCACACAGCCUUGAUGGCAGCAGCAAAGAAUUGUGAUGAGACCGUGGUGCAGCUGCUACUCGAGGCCAAUGCUCAAGCAAACGCUCGUGACAAUCGGGGCCACACAGCGCUGAUGUAUUCGGCCAUCCAUGGCUAUGCCCCAGUCGCAAGGUUGAUGCUGGAGGCCGGCGCUAAGCAGGAUAUGCGUAGGAUCGAGGGCAAGACGGCGCUGAUGAUGGCGACUACCCCCGAAGUCCAGCGAUUGCUGGAGGCCAGUCUUACACAAUGA